AUGUCAGGGUGGAGCAACGGAAGCUCCAACAUGUCCUACACCAACUUCCUCCUGCUGGGUUUCCCAGGGCUGCGGGAGUCCCGCGCCCUCCUGCUGCUGCCCUUCCUCAGCCUGUACCUGCUCAUUGUCUCUGCCAAUGCCCUGGUCAUCCACACGGUGGUGGCCCAGCGGAGCCUGCACCAGCCCAUGUACCUGCUCAUCGCCCUGCUCCUGGCUAUCAACAUCUGUGCCACCUCCACCGUGGUGCCCGCCAUGCUCUUUGGCUUCUCCACACACUUCCGUCGCAUCUCCUUGACACGCUGCCUGGUCCAGAUGUUCUGCAUCUAUUUCUUCAUUGUCUUGGACUGCAACAUCCUCUUGGUCAUGGCCCUGGACCGCUAUGUCGCCAUCUGUUACCCUCUUCGCUACCCAGAGAUAGUGACCGGCCAGUUGCUGGCUGACCUGGUGGGAGCGGCAGUUGUCAGGAGCACUUGCAUUGUUGCUCCAGUGGUGUUUCUAGCCUCCCGGGUCCACUUCUGCCGUUCAGACGUGAUCCACCCCUUUGCCUGUGAGCACAUGGCCCUGAUGAAGCUCUCCUGUGGGGACAUCACCCUGAACAAGACCGUGGGGCUCACCGUCCGCAUCUUCAACAGAGUCCUGGACAUGCUCCUGCUGGGAGCCUCCUACUUCCGCAUUAUCCAUGCUGCCUUCAGGAUUUCAUCAGGUGGAGCACGUUCCAAGGCCCUAAACACCUGUGGCUCCCACCUGUUGGUCAUCUUCACUGUCUACUCAUCCACCAUGUCCUCAUCCAUCGUCUACCGAGUAGCUCGCACCGCCUCCCAGGAUGUGCACAACCUGCUCAGCGCUUUCUACCUGCUGCUCCCGUGUCUAGUCAACCCCAUCAUCUAUGGGGCCAGAACCAAGGAAAUUAGGCAGCACCUGGCAACUGUCUUUCAAAGAACACACUACAGGUCCCCCACUAAGAAACCUCAGUUUCUGCCCUCACAUAGAGAGUUUCCUGGCUGA